GCCUCUAAGGUCAUCCAAGGUGCAGAGAGAGUGGGAGUACUGAUGACAUCACAGGGACCAUAUAAGAGGAGGCGCUGAGGUCUGGCUGCAAACCUCUCUGAGCGGAGCCCUGAGGAAGCCGUCUGCCUCCCCCCUCCCCGCUGUGACCCGGGACACCAGAAGACACCGUCCUGGAAGAUAUGCUGUUCUGCCACCCGCAGCCCGAGUCCUACCACCAGCACUCUGCUAGUUACAUUAGAGAGGCCCUGGCACCGUUCUUGAAAGAUGAAGAAGCGAGGCUCACGGCUGAGAGUGUGUGUAAGAGGAGCUCGCUGCAGGUGGUCUUGUGUGCGGCCACCUCUCCGGCUGUGAAGCAGCAGGAGGAGACCCUCACUUAUCUCAACCAAGGUCAGUCCUACGAAAUCCGUAUGCUUAACAGAAAACUAGUGGAGUAUACAGAUAUAAGCUGCAAAUAUGUAAAGAGCAUCGUGCGGGUGGUGUUCCACGACCGCCGGCUGCAGUAUAUGGAGCACCAGCAGCUGGAGGGGUGGAGGUGGAACCGACCUGGAGACCGGAUCCUGGAUAUAGAUAUCCCGUUGUCAGAGGGGAUCCUGGAGCCCCGUUCACACCCCAUGCAUCUGAACACCAUCGAGUUCCUCUGGGACCCUGUGAAGAAGGCUUCUGCUUUCAUCCAGGUCAACUGCAUCAGUACUGAGUUCACCCCCAGGAAGCACGGUGGGGAGAAGGGAGUGCCGUUUCGUAUCCAGGUGGACACUUUCAGCACCAAUGAGCACGGGGAGUACAUGGAGCAUGUCAGUUCUUCCAGCUGCCAGGUUAAAGUCUUCAAGCCUAAAGGAGCUGAUCGCAAGCUGAAGACCGACAGGGAGAAGAUUGAUAAGAAGGCGCUGCAGGACAGAGAGAAGUACCAACUGUCUCAUGAGAGCACUGUGCUCAAAGAGUGUUCCCCCUGGCCUGACGCUCUGAACCUCAGCAUCCACAGCAGCAGCACUCCAUCUCCAGUUUACCACAGCUCCCCCACCUCCUGCACCUUCACAGAUGGCAACUGUUCUCCAACCCAGCCAGGGGAGCUGCUAAUGCCCGCCUGCUCCGAUCACCUCCUGCCCUCGUCCUCGCUGCAGGACACGCAGCAGUGGCUGCAGAGACAUAGGUUCUCCCCUUUCUGCAGGCUCUUCUGCAGCUUCGCAGGUAGGAAGCAGAGUGGAUCUUCUGCUGUUGUUGCAGGUGCAGAUCUGUUGAGGAUGAGCAGGGAGGAUCUGGUCCAGAUCUGCGGUCCAGCUGAUGGGAUCCGCCUCUUCAACACCAUGAAAGGAAGGUGUAUUCAGCCCCGUCUCACCAUGUAUGUGUGUCAGCAUCAGGCCAGACCUGCCGUAAAGCCGGGGGCUGGAGACAUCUACCACGCUCUGUACCUGAAGGAGCUGACGCUGAUGGACCUCUCUGAAAAGAUCGCUAUGCUGUACAGCCUCCCCCCGCAGCAGAUUACACACAUCUACAGACAGAAACCGAGCGGGAUCCACGUCCUAGUCUCUGAUGAGAUGGUGCAGAACUUCAGGGAGGAAACAAGCUUCAUCCUCAGCACUCUAAGAGAUGAAACCACGGAUGGAUACCGCGUCGUGUUGAAGUGACCAACACUCUCUCUUCCUCUGAGAACAGUGGAAUUGUACAGCUUGUAUAUAAGUCCUAAGAUGUACAGUAAAGUAAAAUGCUGUAUUCAGUUGACGGAAAUGUGGCUUUUGAAUGGUUUUCUUGAAUUUCUCUGUUUCAUUUGUAUUGUUAAGUUACUGAUUCAUGCUUCAGGUGUCUUGUAAUUAAAGGUGAAGGUAUACAUUUUCGGCUCAAACUUGUAUAAAUUCAUGAAUUUCAUGAUAAAGUAGAGUAAAUGGCAUGCCAACAAAAAGGAGAUACAAAUGAACAAAAAUGUUUGAUGUUUGAAUGUCCCUGCUCUCUUUUUCUGCUUGUCCCAGAUAUGAAAUGCUGUCAUGUAGUCCAUUUGCUCUUUCUGUUGCAUAUUAUAUACAGCCUACAUUCUAUUGCUAUUAUUAUUAUUAUUAUUAUUAUUGUUGUUGUUGCUAUAAUGCAGGGGUAUUCAAUUGCAU